CACACACACACACACACACACACACACCUGUAUCCCCGAGCAGGCGCAGUGGCAGUGCAUGCUCGCCUUUCUUCGCUCUUCGCUUAGAAGGAAGGAUAGAAGAAAGAAGGGAAAAAAUCUCAUCUUCAAAGAAGUAUUUUCAAACCAAAAUGGUGAAAAAGAGCGCUGUGUGAACGCUAUUUUCUUAAAGGAUAAAGCAGUUUGGAAAUGACUCAGUCAGAAGCGAUGCGGUUCCCAAACGACGGACCCCCCAGAAAAAGGGGCUUUCAAUUUUUCUUUUUUUAAAAAAUGUCAUCAUUUGCUGUGCACUUUUUUUCCUAACUAUCGGAUUGCAGCUAUUUUUUGGUGAAUCGAUUUGAAAUCACAUCGUCACACCGAUGGAUUGUUUCCACUGCAGCUCGGCAGAGGGGGUUAGAUGCAGCACCGAGCGUUUUCUUCAGAAAUGCUGAAAAAGCGGCGGAGUGCCGAGAAGGAGACGAUAGAAGGAGCAGAAUGGAGUGUGAGGAUGUGAGAAUUGCGGAUUAAUUCGUUCCCCCCCUCCUCCAUCACCUUUUUUUCUCUUCUCGGUUCUUUUCCGUUCUUUCUAUAUGUCUUUAUUUGUCCUCUCCGUGGCGAUGCAUUGGGAUUUCAGAACCAAGGGAGAACGGACAGCUCCCUUCAUUCCUUUCCUUCUUUGAGGACUAACAACAUCAAGACUAAAGGAGAAUAUUUUUUUUUUGUUUGGUGGAAAAAAUGCACAAGGUCACUUAUCUGCCUGCCGAUCUACAUGUCUAUCAGUUCGAGUCUGGAGGCACGCAACGUCGUCCAUGAUCUGAUCGUUUUCAUGUCUCGGAUAGCGGGGAUGAAUCGUCGGGAGUGAAAAAAUGCUGCUGUGGAUCGUGUUGCUGAAGGCGGCUCUUUGUGCAGCUCUUGGGAACGGGACAAGCGAUGUGUGCAAGGAGGAGAUCUGCUCGUGCAGUGCCAUAGAAGGCGAUUUGCACAUCGACUGCGAAAAGCGCGGUUUUAGCAACCUGCAGCACUUGACUGGCCCGAGCUCGCAGUUUUAUCACUUGCUGCUGCACGGGAAUUCCCUGUCCAGACUGUUUCCCAACGAGUUCGCCAACUUCUACAAUGCGGUCAGCUUGCAUUUGGAGAACAACGGCUUGCACGACAUUGUCCCCGGUGCCUUUCUCGGCCUGCAGCUGGUCAAGCGUCUGCAUAUAAACAACAACAAGAUUCGGUCGUUUAAAAAGAACACUUUUCUUGGUUUGGAUGAUUUGGAGUAUCUCCAAGCUGAUUUUAACCUUCUAAGAGACAUUGAUCCAGCUGUUUUCAGGGACUUGAGUAAACUAGAGGUCUUAAUUUUAAACGAUAACCUAAUUAGUGCACUUCCCACCAACAUUUUCCAGCACGUUCCCAUAACGCAUCUUGACCUGCGUGGGAACCGGAUAAAGACUUUGCCUUACGAAGGGGUGUUGGAACAAAUUCCAGGCAUCGUGGAGGUUUUGUUGGAGGACAAUCCCUGGGACUGCAACUGUGACCUUCUUUCCUUAAAGCAGUGGCUUGAAAACAUCCCUCAGCGGGCGCUCGUUGGCCGGGUUGUUUGUGAAGCGCCUGCGCGUCUCCAGGGCAAUGAACUCAACGAGACAGCCGAGUCUGAACUGUGUCCUUCCAAAGAUGGCGCCGAUUCCAGUUUGGCCGCACCACCGACUCAGGAGGAGACCCCAGAGCUGGAUUCUCCUCCUUCUCCGACAUCCACGACCUCCAAAAUCAUCGGGGCGACAGAGAAAAGUGCUCCAAACAACAAAGGUCGUCCCAAAGCGAGAGAAAACUGGCAGCUAAAGAUGCCGACAGCAAUAGCAUCAGACACGAGUGAUGUUACGUGUCCACAAACGUGUGUGUGCAAACUGAUCGGCUUUAGUCAAGGUCUCGGGGUGAAUUGCGAAGGUAAAAAACUGGAGAGCGUGCUCAACCUGAGACCCAAACCUUUCAGUGCGCACGAGUUAAAUCUGCGCGAUAACAAUAUUCAUGCAGUGAAAAGGAACCAGUUUCGGGCUUAUACAAAUCUAAACCUGCUCGAUUUAGGCGGGAACAAUAUAAAAACCAUUGAGAACGGCACCUUCCAAAACUUGAGCGAGUUGCGUUGGCUGUACAUGGACAAGAACUACCUGGAUACUGUCAUGGCGGAUAUGUUUGUGGGACUACAAAACUUGGAAUAUCUCAGUAUGGAAUAUAACGACAUUCACCUCAUUGUAGCCGGAGCCUUUAUUCCAACGCCUAACCUGCAGGUGCUGUUCCUAAACAACAACCUGUUAAAGUCACUGCCCGCUGACACCUUCCUGGGGGUCUCAUUGUCCAAAAUAAGCCUGCAUAACAAUUACUUUACCCAUCUCCCCUUGAGCGGGGUCCUCGAUCAGCUUAGCUCGAUUAUCCAAAUCGAUUUGCAUGGGAACCCAUGGGAUUGCACGUGCACCAUCGUGCCGCUGAAACAGUGGGCGGAGAAAAUGUCGCCCGAAGUCAUUGUGAGCGACCUGAAAUGCGAGUCGCCAGAGGAGUUUUGGAAGCAAGACUUCCGGCGCAUCCGGAUCGACCUGAUAUGCCCGGAACGUUAUGACCAGACCGCGCCGACUUCGCUGUCCAAAAACGGCACCGCCGGUACGGAUUCCGACUCAGGGACACGUCCUGGAUCUUACCCCGAACCGAGCCGAGUCUCCAUUUCAGUUCUGGUGCCCGGGUUGCUGCUCGUCUUUGUUACUUCUGCGUUCACUGUUGUCGGGAUGCUUGUUUUCGUCCUGCGCCACCGGAAACGCUCCAAACGGAGAGACGGGAACUCCUCAGCGUCCGAGAUCAACUCUUUGCAGACAGUUUGUGACUCAUCUUAUUGGCACGGUGCUGCUUAUCAUGCUGAUCACAGGAGCUACGACUGCGCUGCUCACUCGCUCUCCGAUAAAUAAGGCACUUAGACAUUCAUCAAAGCACUCGAGUGCAAGGCAAAAGAUGCAUCCCGGUGGCGCUUUCGUACUCGCUCUGUCGGGAAAUACCCUAUUUUUCUCUUCGUUUCGGUUCACUAUAAAUAUUCAUGAGCCACCGACAUGGAUGCUGGUGUAAAAUACGUACCUACAUUCUUUUCCUUUCCUUCCUUUCUUCCCUUCUCCCUCUGGCCCUCUCAAUCUCUCUCUGUCUCUCUCUCUCCCCCCUUUUUUCUGUCUUUCGGUGCCGCAAUCAUUCGGCUGCCAAACCCGAGGAAGUGGAAACGAUGGUGCACGAUGGGAUGAGGAGCGCAUGAAUGUAAUGUAAAUAGCGACUUGUAACAUAUCUGCAUGAUCCGAUCCGCAUGGUUUCGACUCCCAAGCGCUGGGAACCAGACCACAACACGCUGACUCCACAGUUCUUUAAUGAUCUUUAUAUAUAUAUAUAUAUAUAUAUAUAUAUAUAUAUAUAUAUAUAUAUAUAUAAAAACCAUAAAAUGAUUUAUAAAUAUAUUUAAAAAAGUGCCAUUUCUCGAUUUUUUGUGAGACUGAUGCAGUUUGGAUUAGUAUUUGUUGUUUUCUUUUAGAUCGAAAGGCAACACGACGGAGAACUAGAGUACUAGAGAUGUACUAAUGCAUGUAGGCUGCUUUUUUAGUUUGUUUCGUAUUUCUUUACUUUUGAACAUUAUUUAAAAUUUUCACCCCCUCCCGAGUGUAUUACGUGUCAUAUAAGCGAUGUGCCGGUUGCGUUCUCAUUUUCUUUUAUCCGAUGUAGCUAUAAAAUGUCACCACGAUCGCUUUCGUGCGAUCCUCGAACUAAACGACGGAAGGUUGGGAAGUUAUUUUUUGUUGUUUUGGUUUUUCUAACCACAUCUGUUUCUUUUUCGAUUUUCUGGUCUGUGUACUAUGGAAGUAGACUAGAUUUUAAUGAGGCCUAUGACUCACUUUUAUCUUUUAAUUCUUUGUGAGCUUUCGUAAAGCCGUUUAUCUAUCAUUCAAAAAACAGAACAAAACAAAACAAAAAAAAACAAAGGGGGGGGAAAUUGCUUUUUUCUUUCCCUUUUAUUAUUUUUUUUUUUUUUGGGACAUUGUUACUGUGAAAAAAAGCGAGCCAUGUAAAUAUCUCGUCUCUAAUCAAAGGCCUCCUGCCUCUAGGUGUUGCUGUUGCAUCUCAACCCAAUAAAGCUGACAGAGUUGAACUUGUA